CGGGCAGAGUUCUACCUGCCCUGGCAUUGUAUCAAGGAAACCUUAUUCUUGUUCUCUGUACUAGGUUCAGUCCUGAGACUAAGCUUGUAGUAUCAGCACUCACUUUUGUGUCUGUUUCCCGGUACACCACUAGCACAUCAAGAUGCCCAAGAAAGCAAACAUCUUCGACUCCUUCUCCCACUCUGCCAUCCAGCAGUUCAAGGAGGCCUUCGGCAUCAUGGACGUAGACAAGGAUGGUCUUCUCUCCGCCUCUGACCUCACAGCUGCAUUCGCCAACCACGGCAAAUCCGUGUCUGGAGGAGAAGCCCAGGGCAUGCUUGAUGAGGCUGAUGGACCCAUGAACUUCACCCAGAUGGUUACCCUGUUUGCUGGCAAGAUGGCCGGAGGAACUGAUGACGAUGAGACCAUCCUCAAGUCAUUCGAGGCCUUCGAGAUCAACGGACAGAUCGAUGCUGAGGCCUUCAGACACUCCCUCAUGACCUUUGGCAACAAGUUCUCCGCCAGCGAGGUCGACGAUGCGUUCGCUGAGUUCCAGAUCGACGGAGGAAUGAUCGAUGCUGCUCACCUCAAGGGGCUCAUGUGCUCCAAGUAAAUCUUGAGCAAGCACCAGCACACAACACCCGUGCACAUUCAUUCUGAUCAACUUGUUUUCCACUGCUCUUGCUCUUCAACCCUACCCCCGUUCCAUUCAGGGGCGUGCUAACCAAUAAAUCAAAUUGUUGUUAAACACAUUUUUAAAAUUAAAUUAGUUGAGAGCUUAAAGAGCAGAUUUUGGUUUGACGAGACCACCCCCUGACUGGUUUGUGAUACAGGCUCUGAAACAUCAAAAACAUCAAAGAUCGAUGGAAAGUCACAAAACAGGAGGGGGGUCGUCCUUGACCAAAAUAUAAAUUCCAAGAAUGAUUUAACUAAAAUUACUUUUUUUAAGUGAUAACUUUUAUUGUAAUGUACAGUGUAUGAUAGUUUAUUAAAUUCCUCACUAUUGAUGUUUAA